CUCCAAUAAUUUUUCAGGCUUGGAAGGCGAUUGUAGCACAUAAUGAACAUGCAGCCAAUUAACUUCUGUAUUUCUCCUUUGUCAGUCAUGUUCUCAUUCCUCCUUUUUAAUUGGUUUAGGAUUUUUAGGCGUUCAUUUGUACAAUUUGCAAUGCGCAAAUAAAGAGAAUGAGGAAAUACUUUAUGAAAAAUCUGCAUUGGCGCAAAUGUUUCAUCAGGAAUGACCCAUUCAAGAACUUGGUUUCUACCAACAGUUACCUGUGGGAAGGCGCAAAAUCGAUGUCUGAGUUAGACAUAUCGGACGUAUCACUGCCUGCUUCUUCAUCGGAAUCUGGUUCAUAAUUGUCACUGGAGUCAGCAGAAAAUGGUUUCGAAUCUGAGAUUUUUUCAAUAUCAUCAAUAAG